UCAUGCCUUUGGUGAACUUGUUUGGGUCAAAGUGGAGACUGGUGCUGAGCACGUUCCUUAUUUGUGUCAUAAUCUUCGAGUUGGUUUAUUGUCAAAAAGAUGCCCAAGAACAGAGGACGACUCCUGGGAGGAAGGCCAAGACAAGCAAACCCAAACCUGGGAAAUCAACAAAUAAAGGGCCCAGAGCUGUACCAGCCAAAACAAAGAUCAAAGCCACACCAGCAGCCCCAACGCAGGCCUUCCUCUCACAGGUGCUAAACAGAGGCAAAUUCAAGAAAGUGGGAGAGACCAUUAGUGUGCAGACAGGAGACAGUCUGGAGCUGAGGUGCAGGGGCAAACCUGUGCAGUGGAGCGUCCCCCCUUACCUGGAGGAGGAUGAUGAUGGAAGACUCACGAUCGUCCAACAUGAGCGCUAUGGCCUUCUGACAUUGGUCAACACCACUGGUGCAGACACAGGGGAGUACACCUGUUAUCCUAUGUACUGUGAGGACACAGACUGCAGGAAGGAGUAUGACAAAGCUGUCAAAGUCUUUGUCUUCUUUCCAGACCCACAAGAACUAUUCGUACCAUCGUCUGACUACUAUGAGGUGAUUCAGCUGAGAACCAACUGGCCGACGGUCCUCCCCUGCCAGGUUACGUCACCUGAGGCGAAAGUGACUCUGCACCGCGAGUUUCCACCGGUGGAGGUGGCAGUGGACGGGACGGACAUCUCCUUUAAUGUCAAGAAGGGCUUCACCAUUCAUCGACCCCGACCUUAUCAUGCUGGAGCAUUGUACUGUGUGGCCAGUCUGGGCAACCUGAGGCAAAGCUCCACUAAGUACAUGCUCAUCUAUGUUAACUACCCCAUGGCUCCUCCUGCUCCAGCGAUCCAGGCCUCGUCAAGCUCAGUGGCUGUGGGGGAGAAUCUGCGUGUCAGCUGCUCUGUGGUGGGAGAACAGAACGUGGCUGUAGAGUUCACCUGGGAGUACCCUGGACAGCAGAUUGGGAGACCUCUGUACACACAAGAGAGCAUCAGUCCAGUGGCAGGAGGAGCGGCUCGACAGCAGUCCCAGUCUGUCCUCUUGGUGGACGAGGUGAGGGACGUGGACCAGGGAACAUACACCUGUACCGCUCAGAAUCUGCAAGGAGCCACUUCAGUGUCCACCUCCAUUAAAGUGGUCCCCAAAGCCAAAGCAAAGAAACCAUAAAGCAUUAACACUGAAUGAUAUCACUAAGACCAGCGAGAGAGACUAUAGAGAUCAGUAGCUCUGUCGCAGUAUUAAACAGUAUUUUAGCAGUAAUACAUAGUUACAAAAAUAACGGG